AACAUGGCUUGACUUUCCAGGCUCGCGGUUAGGACGAACGAAUCGCGCAAUGACCGUCCCAUGGAGUUUGCUGUGGAUUCUGGGUUUGAUCUGCUCUUCGGACUCCAGCUGCUCUCCGACAUCUUACUAUAAGAGCUGCUGGAUCCGCAGAUAUCCCGGACUGUAUGUGGACAUAGAGGAGUCUCAGCGCAGAGGAGCCCACAUCCUUAAGCUUUAUCAGGAGGAGUCCGCAUUAAAAUGCAGCAGAGCCUGCUGUCUUACAAGAAACUUCUCCUGCAACCUGGCUGUGUUUCAUUUCAACACCACUCAGGACAGCGUGAACUGCUUUCAUCUUCAAUGUCCGACCCUUGAGAGCUGCAUACCUCAUCACAGAGGAAAUGUCAUCCUCUAUAAUGUCACUAAAGGUGUGGAUCCUGACCUGUUGGUGUUCGGGAAGUACUUCACCACCAACGUGCGUGUACUGCCUCACAUGUCAUCGUCGCGGCUCAAUGUUUCAGAGCCGCUGACCUCUGACAAGCGUCAGUUCAACUAUCCACCCAACCCUCCUGUCCGUUCCAUCAGUCCUGCUUCCACUACCACGAAAAAACCCACAACCCCACAAGCCACUCAUGCUGUUCCUACUGCACAUGAAGUACAGCAUAACCUCCCUCGAUGUACUACAGUACAGGCUGCAACUGCUCAGAUCACACCAGAACAUGGACAGAAAAUGGACUCUACACUUAAUCCCCAACAAACGACUUCUACCCCACAGUGGGCAUCAAUGAACCUGCGUCAUACGACCACCACUCUGGCGGAUGAACCUGAUACAAUGACUGACACUUUAAACCAAAGCAUCCCAACCCCCCCACCAGUUUAUGCAACCACAGCCCACCCAAGCUCAACAGUUGACUACUUGGACUCUGCUCUGACCUCCAUCCCAAUCAAUGAAGCACUAAGUUCCUCAACUACCCAACAGCAUUUGGCUUUACAGACUACAAACUCUUUGGCGACGACUUCUCAAAACACUAUGCAGUCUUCAACCUUUAGGAUUACAAACGUCAACUCUACAGAGUAUGAACUCUUUGCCAACGGCUUCUCAAGACACUAUGCGAUCUUCAAGUUCCUCAACUAUCCUACAGCCUUUGGGAUUACAAACUUCCACUCUACAGACUACAAACUCUUUGGCUUCUCAAAAACGACUAUUAUGCCACAGGACAUACCCUUACAAACUAAAACCCAAGGUACCCCUGCAUAUGAGAGUUCUACAUGGCCGUCACGAACCCUAACCCAAACUACUGCUCUAUCCCAACCAAAAGAGACGACUAGCAUUGGAACAAGAACCUUAAAGAUCUCAAGCACCACUAGUCCUACAUUCACCACUGAUGGUUCUACAACCCUCAAACACCUAACCCAAAGUUUCACCCACACCCGAAUGGGCAACUCGGCAACCACCGGUAGUUUGAGUUCUUCUCUAACUGCCCCAACUAGCAGUGUGGUGGACAGUCAACCAUACCCCAACGACACAAAGGGCUACAUCAGCCGGAACAUCACUACCGGUGACACACCUCAACCUGGCGGGGAUGGAAGCUUGACAUCAGUGUGGCAUUUGGCGGCCAACACUGUGCUAGUGGCUUUAGCGACCUGUGCUACCAUCACAUUCUGCUGCUGCUGUUCUGUGUUCGCGGCAUUGAGCUGGAGAGGCCGGAGGCGACGGAAGGGCAGGUACAGGACGAAUCUGAGGUGCAAGAGAGGAUCGAUGAGACUCAUCAAAUACGUCAUUGUGGAUGAGUAGAAGACUCAAAAACAACCACAUCCGGUGGUUUUGAAAGUAUGACUUAUUGUAUAUAGUCAAACCUAAACACAUUUCCCCCUAAGCUUCCCAAUCAGUGCCAUUUAUGGACUAUAAAAAUGAACUUUAGUAUUUUGUGAAAGUUUGAGGAUUUACCAGAGGACUUUAAAACACAUACUCGAUCACUGGUUUGUUACCAUGAGCAUUUCUGUAAAAAAAGGUACAUGCUGCUUUAGAGUUUGGCCAAAACAAGGCAUCGUAGAAGCCAGAAUAAUUGCACUAUGACGCAAUUAUUGCACUAUGAUGCCUAGAGAGGCUACUGGAACAGAUUUUGUGAAUGUUCAUCCCAGGUCUUGUUUUAUAAAGUGAAUGCAUGAUGAAAGUAUGUAUUUUAUGCAAGUAUUAUUGAAGAACUGUCUUUCUUGGUCAGUCUUGUGCAUGCAACUGAUGAUUUAUAUUUUAAUUGUACCUUUAAAGACAAAUCUCAGCAUACUUGUUUUCAUACUCAGCAGAGCGAAAACUGACUCUGCGAACGCACUCGUCCACUCGAGAACACCUGACGGUUUUGUUCCAAGAAGGCAGUUGCUUGCUAAGUGCUUUAAGAUGCGCAAGACCGCCGCCACUUUCCACGUCCAAAUGGAAGCGGCCGGAAUUCAGGAGUUUGGUUUCUGCUUUCCCAGAAUUGACAGCUCAGAGCAGGAACUAAUGGAGUGCUGGGGUAUUUUUACUAGAUGUUGGCUCAAAGCGUCCUUUCAGUGGGGCGCUGUAAUGGCACUUGACGCAGCAUCGGUGGUGUGUUUUGAGCGGGUCUGAGUGUGGGGAGUUGGUGUUUAAUGUUCUAGGGGUAAUCGU